AUGCAGCUCAAGCUCUCCUCCGUACUGAUCCUGGGCAGCCUGCUACCUUUGCUCCUACAGGCGUCCGUCCUGGCUCCCCGCAGCGACGCCGAGGACACCACCGACGACCUCGGCCCACUGGCCGCCAUCGCCAUCGGCGGGCUUGUGGCCGUAGCUGCCAACGUCGCAUCUGCUUUGAUCCUCGACCUCAUCCACAGCGGCAUCGGCGAGAACAAGAACAUCGGCAACAGAGACCCCUCGUUGGUGCUGGUCGCAGUCAAGGCAUUUGUCCCCGUGACAGGCCAAGAAUCCCUGGGCAUUCUCGGCCACGAUUGGGGCUCCGUUUGGAUUCCCGUACAAACCUCGCUCACUGAAGCCGAAACGUUCGUGGUCUGGUGGUCCAAACACCGCGGCAGCCCUCCCUUGCUCUAUGCCUGUGAUGGGUCCCUCCGACUCCCUUUGGUCAACGCCGUUGUACAGAAGCGACGCAUCCAACCCCCAACCAAACCAAGCACUACCCCUCGCGUCUGCAAACUCAAGCCGCACCCCCACGCCAGCCCCAAAGUCUGCCGAUUCACCGAUUCAUCAACACGGCGCGCGAAAUUCGAAUUGCAGCCUCUCAAACCGACGUUGCUACUGACGUAUGGAAGACCGCCGUACCAAAGACGCGCUGAGAAACAAAACGACUCCAUCGAGCAACUGCUUACAAGAUCCACCAUACGCGUUAAAUAA